CGGGCGAAUUAGAACUGCUUUGCAAAGGGACGCAAGUGAAGUUCCGUGGAAGUUCAGCCUAACCCCGAAGGCACCACGAUUGCAAGCGUCGCGGCCUCCGGCUGCUCCAGACCCUUGCGAACCAGCACCCAGCUCUGUCGCCCGCCCGCCUGGGCGUGGCUGGAUGCGGCAGGGGUCCCGCGCCGUCGGCCCUCGGCCCCGAGCGCCCGGAGCGCGCAGGGGCAGCGUGCGGGGCCCGGGGGCGAAGCGCCCUCCAUGCGCCGAGGCGUGCCUCGAGACACGCCCCGAGACAGCCCGGGGCCCGCAUUGCAGCCGCCGCCCGCGCUGAGCCGGGGCGCGGCUCGCCGCUCUAGCUCUGCAGCAGCAUGAGCCAAGCCGAGCUGUCCACCUGCUCGGCGCCGCAGACGCAGCGCAUCUUCCAGGAAGCGGUGCGCAAGGGCAACACGCAGGAGCUGCAGUCGCUGCUGCAGAACAUGACUAACUGCGAGUUCAACGUGAACUCGUUCGGGCCGGAGGGCCAGACGGCACUACACCAGUCAGUCAUCGAUGGCAACCUGGAGCUGGUGAAGCUGCUGGUCAAGUUCGGCGCGGACAUCCGCCUAGCCAACCGCGACGGCUGGAGCGCGCUGCACAUCGCCGCUUUCGGGGGCCACCAGGACAUCGUGCUCUAUCUCAUCACCAAGGCCAAGUACGCGGCCAGCGGCCGGUGAUACCCGCCCCGACCCCGGACCCUGACCUUCGCCCGCGUCUUCUCUGCUGUACCUUCCCGCCAACUACCUCGGUGUGCGCCAGGUUUGCUGGCCCGCGUGGAAAUCGGGCUAGGUCUCCACGUCCGUGGCCCCUAGGGUUCGGCCCUCCGCCAGAGAGCUCCUCCCCUCGGCAGUCCUCGGAGCCUCGCGGGGCCCCAGAGCCUUCCCACGGCCCCCGACCGCCUCGAGGGUGGGGGCGGGGCGCAGGCUCCAGCCCAUUUUGAAAUUUGAGUCUCACACCGGGAGACUUCGGAAUCCCGAGAUACCGGAUCCUCCGCUUGAAAUGUUUUCUCCGGAAGGUGAAAGGCGCGGGCGGACUCGCGCUCCCGCCGCCGCCCGUGGGACCCGCCCGCCCGCCCGCACUGCGGCUCCUGCCGCUGGCGGCCGCCAAGCAGCCACUACCGGGCUCCCCCAUCUGCGCGCCCUCGCGCGAGGAAGGGGACGCUCCCGGUUCCUGAUGUCCUAAACUAUUUAUCACGUGUGUGUAUAUUUGUGGGUGAAGUUUGUGCGCCUGAGUUUUUUUUUGUUUGGAAAUAUUGUGCGUGGUUAUGGGAGAAAGAUGCAUUUUUUUUUUCUUAAAACUAAAAACUUGAGUCUACCAUUUCUUGGUUGCACUGAAAAUACCGCCUAGCCCUAUGGUUUUCCCAUUUGCUACCCCUCCCCCACCAAGUCCCUGAUCUUCCACACCUCUCUCCUCGGUUCCUCUCCCUGGAUUCUGAGUGAGUUUAGGAAGCCCAGGAUCUGUCUCCCUUCCCCCUCCCGUGAGAGAUCACCAUUCCCCACACCGGCUACUUUAGCAAAGUUCCAGUGGGACCUUGAAGCCCGCGUGGCUGGGACGUGGGGAUUUUUGAGAGGAUGUUACCCUUUCCUAGUGACUUCUAUUAUAGUUAAUAGUCGGUUGCACACUUUUUUUUAAAAAGUAAAUGAAUUUGCCACGAUUAAAUGUCAUAACAUUUAUGACAGAAUAUAAAAUGUUAACAUAUUUUAAGCCAAGUCUUAGGUGUAUUUUUGGAAUCUUGGUUAUAAACCCAAUUUUAAAGGGCGUUGUAUCCAGCGUUGUGAAGGCUGUUGUGUACCCAUAUUUAUAUUUUUAUAAAAUUCCUAUAAAGACUGUGAAUCUCUCAUGCUAUUGCUGAGUGAGUGCAAGGGCUGCGGUGCCCUUGCCCGGCCCGGCCCCAGGACCCCAUUAUGAUCUGAGGAUCCUGCCAUGAGGGAAGGGCUGCGCCAAGGACCGGGGCUGGAGGAGGUGCUGGAGCGUCACUUGCUGUCCCUGAAAGGAGACUUCCUGGUUUCUGUGGUUCCACUUUUCUAUGCAACCCCACACCCCUUGUUGUUUUGAUCCUGGGAAAUAAAAGGGAGGCUGAAUUAUUCAAAUUUAAAUGAGGUUUCCCCUUCGUCGAAGUGCUGCUGACCCUGCGUGCAGAAAUGGGGAGCACUUGAGGACACAGGUGGGUGGAGCCUUUUGUGCCGCCUGGUCAUAUUCUUUGGUCCUUCUGCAGCUUUUAUGAAGAACCAGUGUGGGAAGAAUAGUGAUAAUGUCGCGAAACUGGCAGACAUUGAGACAAGCACAGAUUACUUCAAAAGGAGUUCUGUAUGUUUUUUCUACAUGCAAAUGCCUUUUUAAUUAUGUUAAUUAAUGUUAAGACUUCCUAGGCCUAUGUUGAAGCUUCAAAUGGGUCCUGGUUUGGUCUCUUCUGUCUGUAUGAAGUCUGUGGCACACUCCUGAGCGUACAAUAUAGACUUGUAGCCCAGCGUGAAAAAUUUAUAAAUAAAUUUUUCAUUGAUCUUUUUAUAUUAAAAAAAAAUUGGUUCUUA